AUGACCGAAUCCUCCUCCUCCGCCCGUCUCCAGAACGACUACGGCGCCGACUUAUGGGUUCGCUCUGGCGCUGAACGUCGCCGCCCCACCGCCGGCCGCGGCCUCUUCGCCGGCCUCCAGGACGUCAAGCACUACAACGUCGACCACGGCUGGGCCAAGCGCAAGCCAGACCAGUCGCCGGGAUUGUUUGGGUUGCUUCUGAGCCGAUUCACUGGUGGAAGUUACCGUCCCCCAUCGCCGAACUAG